AAUGAAUGAUGGCGGGGUAUGAAGAUACGAGGGGUGGAGGGAGCAAGUAAAAGGGGCCUGAUGGUGUGAAAACUCAGUCUGACAUGUUAGCAGCUUCAUCCCGCCAUCCUGCAACGCAGCCAUCACUGCGCUCCCACUUUUGGGGGCUCGCGUUUAGAUCUCUGAAUGGACCGUGCAUAUCAUAUAAUGGGGGAAUCAAAGGCAUGUGCCAUCCCACUUGAAAACCUCAUCUGUUGAACUGUCUGACACGUUUCAGCUCCAGCCUACGGCCCCCCGAGAGGCUGCGGGAGAUGCAGAACAUCCUUAACGGGUGUUGUAAGGCUGCACUUACACGCUUUCUCCCUGCAUCUGAAGACACGCGGAAAGGCUAAGAGAGACUGACGCGAUUUCAAGAAGCAAAGCCUCGGAGUGCCCUGUUCACUCCAUUGCAUGUGGGUAUCCUCUGGCAAGCUCAGAGUUUGGAUAAGCGCAGCUUGCCGCCAGCAGUGGAGAUUAAAGUCGCACGUUUAAAUGUGGAUGGCAGGGACUGGCUGGGUGGAAGCUUUUCCCCACAGGCAGGAACACAUGGCAGCUAAGGUCAGAGGGGCCCUGCCGCAUCACAGCCCUAAAAAUAUCCUCUGCAUUUGAUGCCCUGUCACACAGACAGUUACACAAUCUGCACCCAGAACUAACCCUUCGUAUGUUCUGCCUUCGAGCGUUGCUUCACAACAAUCUGGCAGAGGGAUGAAAACAAAGAUCCUCCAUGUCUCGGUGAGCUGAGCUGGAGAUGCAUGCGGAAGAUAAAAAACAAAAAGUGUGCUUUUUCACGACUUCAGGCAAAGGGACCAUGUAUGGAAGGGAGCCACGGUGAGGGGGAAAAAAUGGCUUCUUAUGAGUCAAAGGACAGAUCAAAGAUAAACGCUGCCAAAGCAGCAGAGGAGUCCAACACGGCGGACGAUUAUGUCACACCUGGAACCUACGAGCUGGAGAAAAUCCUCAACCGUGGGAGCGUGGCUUACACUCAUGUCAACGAGGUGUGGCCUAACGUCUACAUUGGAAAUGAGGAGACUGCGAUGGAUAAGUGUACCCUGAAGAGGCUGGGAGUUACUCACAUAUUGAAUGCAGCAGAAGGAACUUGGAACAAUGUGGACACUGGACCUGGCUACUACAAAGACAUGGACAUUGUUUACUAUGGUGUUGUUGCAGAAGACAUCCCAACAUUUGACCUCAGCCAGCAUUUCUUCUCUGCAGCCAAGUUCAUUCAGGAAACACUGAGAAAUCCUCAGAAUAAACUGCUGGUUCAUUGUGUGAUGGGAAGGAGUCGGUCCGCCACCCUCUUUCUUGCCUACCUGAUGAUCUACGAGAGCAUGACGAUUGUGGACGCCAUCGAGCACGUAAAGAGACGCCGACGGAUCAUCCCUAACUGGGGCUUCCUGAAGCAGCUGAGGGAACUAGACCAGCAGCUCCUGGAGGGAAGAGGAGGCUUAUAAAUUUAAGAGUCAAAUCAAGUCCACUAUACUUGAUAAUUGUACCAAGAUUUUUUUAAAAAAGUAAAUGUAUGUUUUUCACAUCCUUAAAUAUAAAUAAGAAAAACAUUUGGACAAUCAAGCCUUCUUAAUACCAAUUCAAAUAUUCACUGUGUGGCCUUGAAAAGACGGUUCAAAACUUUUGGUUUUGGAUAACGCCUUGAUACUUUUUUUUUUUUUUAGAGAAAUCCAAGCUGUGUCUCACAUAAAAGGAGAACAAUCAAGUACAUGGUCAAUCAUAAUUUAUUCUUAUGCUAAAAUGUACAGCAUUUUAAGUGACUGACAAAAGGAGAAAAGUCAUAAAUACAAGAAUGUCAUUCUGUUCGAUUUGAGUGCACAUAGCCAGAUAUUUCCCCCCGUUCUUACCAGCAACUCUGUACAGGUACAAAGGCUACAAAAGAGCAAUAUUAACAAAAACACAAGUACAAGUUGCGUUUUACAUGCAAUCCAUUAGCUUAGUUUGGUCUAUUCACAGGCUCUAUUCUUCUACAAUUCGGUAAAAUAUAAAUCCAACGUUUUAUAAAGAUAGAAAACAAAUCUACACAUGGAAUGAAAACGUAGCUUUAAAGGCAUUAUGUAAAAUAUCAACUUUGGACUAAAUUUAUAUCAUCUUUAUUGUUAUUUCAUCAUUAUAAUCAUUUAAUCUUUUUAAAUUCUGCCACACUUCGGGACACUUUGAAAUGUUUUAGAAUUUUCUUUUUCAGGGUACAAACACUGAGAUAUGCUUUGUUAUUUUCUGACAGAAAUCAGUCUGUUUUAUUAAACAGAAAGCUGCCUUGAGGAGAUCUGUUACAAAAGGCUUCAGAAUUAUACAUACAUCGCAAUAAAACCUUUCAAA